AGAGUGCAUUUUAAAAUUAUUUUUUAAUUUAAAAGAAAGAAGGUUUUGAAUUUAAUUUUUUCAGUGAGUGAUAUAUUGUAUCUAAUACGAGUCAAAUGCUCGUGGCUAAUAUUGUUUAUUUAUUAUCUUCAAUCUUGGACUCUUAUUAUUUUGUCUUUUAUGUCUUGAUCAUUCCUGCAGAUAACUCAGCAAAGUGGAGCUCCAGGGAGUCAGUGUGCUGACCUUGCCCCACAUGGAUCCCUCAAGCUCCAUUUCCUCUGAACUUGCUAUAGACGAACAAGCUAUGCAAGGAGAGAUCACCACCCGUUUGGAAAGUGAAUUAUACAAGGCUGCAUUUGAUGGCAAUGUGGAAGCAUUCGAUGUUUGCCCGGGCUCUCUUCAUUGCCUAGUGACCCCAAACCGAAACACAGUGCUCCAUGUUUAUUUGGCAUCGCAAAAUUACAAGAUUACACUCAUUGGUUUAAUUCCAUUUCCAUAUAUUUCUUUUAAAGCCCCAGCCAAAAUUUUAAGAUCCGCCAACUUUGUUGGCCAAAUUCUUAACAGGAGCCCAUCACUGCUACUGAAACCCAAUGCCAAAGGUGAAAUUCCUUUGCACAUUGCAGCGAGGUUUGGGCAUGCUAACAUAGUGGAGCUUCUUAUCAAGCGCGCAAAAGCUGAAUACAGAGACCUGGAGAACGGGAUAGAACCAGCGAAGCAGAUGCUGAGACUGACGGAUAAGGAGAAAAACACAGCUUUGCAUAAAGCAGUUCGAUAUGGCCAUUUGGAUGCGGUGCAUGCAUUGAUUCGAGAAGACCCUGAUUUCCCAUAUUCUGUUAAUAAAAGCGGAGAGAGCCCCCUUUACAUUGCAGCUAGGAGAGGAUAUAAUGGCUUGGUGACAGUGAUAUUCGAUAAAUGCGAAUCCGUUAAUCAUGAUGGCCCUUGUGGUAGAACAGCUUUGCAUGCAGCAGUUAUGGCUCCUGAUAUAAGGAGUACAAGAGAAAUCUUAAGGAAGAGAAAGAAUUUGACAAAAGCAGCAGAUGAAAAUGGACAGACUCCGCUUCACUAUGCUGCACAUUUCGGUUACCACAGAAUUGUGAAGCUAUUGUUGGAAUGUGAUGAAUCUGCAGCGUACAUAGCUGAUAAAGAGAAGAUGACACCUCUUCUUCUGAGAGCUAGGCAAGGCUAUUACGUGAUAGUGAUGGAGAUUAUCAACCAUUGUCCGGGUUGUUGCGAAAUUGUGGACAAAAAAGGCUGGAACUUUUGUCACUUCGCUGCCGUUUCUUCACUUAUCAUACAUCUAUAUGAUAUGUUCCUUCCGGCGAACAACUUAUACAGUUGUAGAAGAUUUCUGGACGAGGAAGAUAUCCAUGGAAACACACCUCUCCAGGUGUUGGCUGCUUCCCGCGAAUUAAGUACUUUCAUUGUUCACACGAUUAAAGAUGAUGUGGUAACGACUUCAAAGGAGAACCUUGAUUCCAAGAAAAAGGAACAAAUCUCACAAUUAUUAAACGAAGUCGGUACUGGAGAAGUAGCUGGUUCAGCAGUUAAUCCCCUACGCCAUAAUACGAUAGACCUGAAGGGCUUUGAUAAGGCAAGAGAGGCUCGUUCAGUGGUGGCAGCGCUUAUCGCCACCGUAACAUUCGCCGCAGCAAUUGCCUUACCCGGUGGUUACAAGAGUGAUCAAGGCACAGCAAUCCUGAGUCAUAACACUGCUUUCAAAGUAUUUGUUAUAGCAGAUGCCAUAGCCAUGGUUUUCUCUUUGUUAGCUAUCAACUUUAACUAUCUGUCCGCGACUCCCAUUAUAGUUGCAACAAGAAGACGAUACGGAGCUUUUCAAUUUAGCCUCAUGGCGAUUUUCGGCCUACUUGGUGAAGUAGCUUUGGUGGUAGCUUUUGUUGCAAGCUUAUAUGCGGUGUUAAAAUCUUCCUUGAUACUUGCUAUUAGCGCUUGCACCGUUAUCUUGGGCUUCUAUUUCUUUUAUUUUUGGUUGUAUUAUUUCGUGAUGAUGUUAGACUAUUAGACCAGUUGUUUUAUUGGCUUGAAUAUAUUUAAAUCAGCAGACAACCAUUAUAUAUACCAUAACAAAGGUUUCAUGUCAA